CUGAAUAAAGUGCAAGUACUUGAGUAAAUGUACUCGUCACCGGCAGUUUGAGCGCAUUUAUUCAGGCUACCGCUGAGCUGAGCUUAUAUCAUGACAUUUUAUCUUCCACCAUCAUCCUCGUCAUCAUAAGCUACACCUUCAUCACCUCCCCUCUCCUCUUCCUCCUCCUCCUCCUCCUCUUCCUCCUCCUCCCCUCAGUAGUGGACAGCUCUCGGUGCGCCCGCGUGCGCCGCCUGUCCUUUAAAUUCAUUAGGCCUAUUUUUUUUUUUACCCCCCUUUUUUUUUUCUUUUUUCUUUUUUUAAAAAAAACUCCAUCUUAACGCGGAAGUCAGUGACGCACCACUACACACGGCUGCUCAGCGGGGGCCAUGAAAUAAACAGAACGUCGUGAUUCGGGAGGCGAACAGCGGGCAUUGCGGGCAGGGCGUCGUAGUUCAGACCAUCAUGCUCUUGGCUCCGGCUGUGGGACAGGAAGUGUGUGUGUGAGCGCCCCCGGUUGGCUCUGCUGGGAUGAACAUGCCACUGCACCAGAUCUCUGUCAUCCCCCGUGAUGUCACCUCGUCGCGGGUGUCGGGCAGUGGGAAAGCGAAGGACAAGGACAAGCAGAAUGAAAAGCCCCUGGGCCAUUCUGCAAGCAGGUCCAGCAAUAUAUCAAAGGCGGGGAGCCCGACUUCAGUCAACGCUCCGUGCAGUUUCUCGAGGACGUCGGUUUCCCCCUCCAGCCAGGACAUCUGCAGCAGUCAGGAUCAGGACUGUCACAAGCAGACCGCAGUGGUUCUGCUGAGUUCUAACGGUAAACCCUGUCAAGGUUCAGGAGGCAUUUCCGUCACCACCCUCUGCGUGGACGGCCCGCCGUCCUCCAAACAUGGCAAACAACGAGACUGGCUCUCCCUGAUUCGCCCCUCCUCCGUCAACGUCAACCCCAACGGCUCGCUCAGGUUCUCCGCGUCUCUGAACGACGUGGGCCAGCGCGUGGACAGUCUCUGUCGAGGCCUGCACUUCAUAGAUCGCACCUGCUCUGAGGGCGAGCUGGAGCUGAAGCCCGAGCCGGCUCGGCCACCCGUUUCUGAUCGGAGGGCGCACACGCUCAACGGCAAGCUGGCUGCGGCGCCCGCACACCAGAACCCAAAUCCAUCCUUCCCCACCCGCACCCAGCCCCACCUCGUCCCCUCCUUCACCAACAACUACAAAUACAUGCUGGGGGUCCCCCCCGCCAAUUGUCUCCCAUCCGAGCCUCCUCCUCCCCUCUCCAACACCCACCUCCACCCUCAUCAGUCUGCGAGCGCCAACUUCCUCCGUCUCCUCCUCCCCUUCUCUCGAUCCUCGACCUCGGCCAGCCUGCAGUGCUCCGAGCUGGGCAGCUACGCCUCUCACCUCCACAUCACCAAGUCCUCCAGCGCCCUGCUGGAAGGCAGCGAGUCAGGGUUUCCCCCCGAGGAUCUACUGGGGGACGACGAUGUGUUUGAGGAGGACCGGCCCAGUCCUGCUCCGAAGGACAGGGACCAGCCGGCAACCCCAGAAACAGUCACCGGGGCUCGGCCAGGUUUUCUUCUAGCCCCCCUGUGCUAUAUGGAUGAGGACAGCGACUUGGACUGCUGCCCAUCCCCUUUGUCAGAGAAAACUGGGCCGCUUUCACCCUAUUCGCUGCAGGGGGACUGCUGCAGGAUUUGUCACUGUGAAGGGGAUGACGAGAGUCCUCUGAUCACACCAUGCCACUGCACGGGGAGCCUGCGCUUCGUCCAUCAGUCCUGUCUACAGCAGUGGAUCAAGAGCUCCGACACUCGCUGCUGUGAGCUCUGUAAAUACGAGUUCAUCAUGGAGACCAAGCUCAAACCGCUGCGCAAGUGGGAGAAGCUGCAGAUGACGGCGAGCGAGAGGAGGAAGAUCAUGUGUUCGGUCACCUUCCACGUCAUCGCCAUCACCUGCGUGGUGUGGUCGCUCUACGUCCUCAUCGACAGAACAGCGGACGAAAUCAAACAAGCCGGAAGAAUCCCAGGCAGUGAAGAGAAAGACGUCCAUGUUUGACUUGCGCACGUCUCUUUUCUUUCUGUCCUCUCUCCCUCAGGGAUCCUGGAAUGGCCUUUCUGGACCAAGCUGGUGGUGGUGGCCAUCGGCUUCACGGGUGGACUGGUGUUCAUGUACGUCCAGUGCAAAGUCUACAUCCACCUUUGGAGGAGACUCAAGGCUUACAACCGGGUCAUAUACGUCCAGAACCGGCCAGACACGUGUAAAAAGCUGGCGCUGGAGAAGCCGCCGCUCUUGGAGCCAAGUCUGGAGAACAAGGAGGCCCUGGCCCCCACCCAGUCGGACACAAACUCCUCCCAGUACACAGAGACAGAGGACUACAGUAUGGAGGUGCUCCAUGUCUGACCGCUCGGUCCAUGCCAUUGGUUGUCCCGCUCAUACUACACACACAAACGAGCCGUCGUGGAAAUGCUGAGGACUGAGGAACGACCAGACACUCCCCUUCUUCUGAUCCCAGACUGACCCACUGUCCUCCGCCGGUCAUCUUAUAUUCCUAAAACUCCACCCACAGAAACAGACGGACCCCCGACUAUCUUCUCCCAUCCACAACUCCUCCUGUCGGACCUGACCCCUCCCUCCUCCCUCGCCCUCCAUCCACACUCUCGCCUCUUUCCUUUCCAAGGACCUGACUGUUUCAACCGGAAAUGUCUGAAGAGGCCCGGAGCAUACCACUAUACACACAAACACACACACACACACACACACACACAUAUACAUACAUGGACACACACACACGCACACACUUGUAUGUACACCUCUGGGAGAGCAGGACUGAGACAAACGGACUCACAAACGGCUCUGGAGGUCUACACGUGUCUGAUGUGUGGUUUGUUUACUCGUGGGUUUGUUAGAUUUGUUCGUUUUUACCUCCUGUGAGUCUCGGGGCUAACCUGCCGUGGAUCAGUAUGUAGCGCCGCGCAUCGGAUCUCUGGAACAUUCCAGCCACUGCCAUCUCUGUCGCCGUGGUCUGUCGGCCCCGAGCUGGUCGGGCCUUGAUCUGGACACGCAUCGAAGCACUUUUGGGUUUUUUUUUUUGUUUUUUUAGUUUCCAAAACAAAUCCCCUCUUGUCCUCUCUCUCUUCUGUUUUUCUUUGAUAUGAAUUCACAUUGUUGUACAUGGAGGAGAGCACAGGCAAACACAUUUGUUUGACGUUGCAUUUCCUCAUUCGCACAUAGACGUAUAUAUUGACCCUCCUGUGGAUGACAAAAAAGGAACUGGGGUCGGGGAAAAAAAACAUGGAAUCAUGCCGAAAGAGAUGUGAGUGUUUUAGUCAAAAACAGGAAAAAAGGAGCUAAUCGCUGUAAUGCAGAAGACGGAAAAUCCAGCCACAUGAUUUCUCUACCCCAAACGUGAACUUUCUGAAGGCUUUGAGAAUGUAAACUUUUUAAAAAAUGCUACAAAAACGAAUAAAAUACACAAAAAAAAUAAAAUAAAAUAAAAUAAACAAACAAAUGUUUUUUUUUUACUGGUCACAGGAAAUGAAUUCAUUUCCAUGUCUUGAGAUCAUAACGAGAGCCUUUGGGCAUAAACGGAGUUGUUCAUGUUUUUUCUAUCAUGUGAAUGACACAGUAUUUACAGUGUGAUAUUCCAUGUGCAGUUUUUAAUAUGUUGAUUUGUUUGCUUAAUCACGGGAUGUGCCUUGAGAAAUCCACAGCUGCCUGUUUGCAGCCUCCCUGUUGCUCCCAUGGUGCAGGCGGUGCAUUGACUGACCCCAGGCAGAAGCAGCCAGGCAGACCUGGAUUUUAAAUCAGGCCGCUGACAGCAAGCUUUAGGCUCGAUUUUUGGCACUUGCAUAUUUUCAAUCCGCUGCCGCGCUUCAGGAAUAUGAGGUGCAACAUCUGGUGUCAGGAGCACUUCAGAUGAGCAGGCGUCUCGAAUUCAGUGAAAGUGUCUCGUUUCUUCCUGCCAGAUUCUGAUCACAUGCUGCAGGAUGGCUAUUUUGGUAUUUAAUCACAAGACAGCCAGCUUGUUGCCUCUCAUUUCAUUAAGUGUUAAUUCUCACAUCCGGUCUUAUGUGGCUCAAAUGGGACGACAUGUUCCAACACCUCUUUUUUUUUGUUUUGUUUUGUUUCUUUGGUUUUUUUUCCAUUUCUCGAAAGAAGCACAGUGAAGCCCAGCUGAGGAGGCUUUUUUUUCUUUUUUUUUUUUUGGUAUCAGUACAACACUUUCACUGCAAGUCAUCAGCAAACAGACCGUGCUGCUUGUAGUGGUUAAAGAAGUGCACCAUGGCUGACUUGGGCGCCACCCACUGGUUUUGGGAGCUGAAGGUGCGGUCGGAGGUGGGCAGCAGUGGAUUUCUCAGGGCGAUGUGGGUUUUUUUGGGCUUACAGUCAUUGUAAGUGCUUUUGUGUAUGUGGGAGCACAGCGAUGCCGGGCUCAUGUUGAGCCUCACAGCCAUUCCAGCAACACACACAUUUUUAAAAAAAAAAAAAAAACUGUCUUUGAUACCAGUAUAUUGUCUGUGAACACCGAUGGUUGAACAACAUACCUGACGAUUACUGCUCAGCAGCAGCAGCAAUAAAUGAAACCUGCGCUUUGUGUUUUUUUUUUGUUUUGUUUUUUGUUUUGGGUUUUUUUUUUUUUUUUUGCAAACAAUGCAUACUGUACUUGUGUAUAUGCCCCAUGGUGACUUGAGAUCUGGAGUCUAAUAUAAUUUUAAUACGUAAUAUGAGCCGAGGGAGUCGUUUCGCGUGUCAAGUUGGAUUAAAGACCCAGUAACGAGAGGCUUCUCUGAAACUUCAAUUCCCGCAAGGCUCAGUGCAAUUAGACAGAUAAAAAGUGCAAUUACCCUUUUGUUGUUAUUCUAUUCUAUAGUUAUGUAAUGGUGUUUAAUGUCCAGGGUGCCCUCUGGGUAUGAAAAAGAUUUAUUUCUUCAUUUUGUGUUGUAUUUAUUUUUAAAAGAAAAUAGAGUACAAUUUGUUCAUUUAUAAACCCCGUUCAUUAGUAAUUUUAUGCAACUUACACUUUGUUUUUGUUUUUUUCGUCCCAGGCAUAAAAACCCUUCGCUCUUUGUUCCGCACUUCAGAUACUAGACUUGUGAAAAAAAACAAAACAAAAAAAACAACUUGUUUGCUUAACCUUAAACGUGAAUAUCGGCUCUCCUUUCUCAGUUUCUCAACUGCUUGAUCAACUUUGUUUUCCCGAUGCAGAAUACACACCUACACGACAGCAUUAAUUUGAAACAUUUCACCUAUAGUUUCCUCCGACCGGAAGAUUAAAGAUGGACUGUAGCUUUUUUUUUUUUUUUUUUUUUCCUCCACGUCCUACUCAUAGGAGCUGGCUCCUUUCAUGAAGUCUGAGACAGAUGUUUUGAUGUAGUCCUGAUAAAGAUUGAGGCCACUUUUGCGAGCAGUUUCAUCUUUACUUUUGAACUGAUUCCUUCUUUGUGUAAGCCUAUCGAUCAGCCUCACUGUCCCAGUAUUUUCGGUUUCUCUCCGUCUUCACCCCGCCGCUUAAAUUCAGUCGUGUCUGGGAGAAGUGUGACUUGCAUAAAGCUACGUUUGUUUACUACUGACUGGACUUGAACAUAUAUGACUGUUCCCCUGUCUUAUGAUAUCAUUCCACAAGUUUGUCUGUGAAUUUACUUUGGAAUAGUAACUGUAAAGAAUUUGGUAAAAGUACUUAUGUUUUUAAAAAGAAAUAUUGAUGUGUUUUCAGUUUAAUUUCCCAUUAUUGAACAAAGUAUGUAGAAUUAAAAAGAACAACCAAAUAAAAAUUAAGUUACUUUUAA